AUGGAUGACGCUGAGGGGCAGACAGACAUCUGCCGCGUGUGCAGAUGUGAAAGUGCCCCAGACAGGCCGCUGUUUCACCCCUGUGUCUGUACUGGAAGUAUUCGCUACAUCCACCAGGAUUGCUUGGUGCAAUGGUUGAAGUACAGCAGAAAAGAAUAUUGUGAGCUAUGUAAACACAGAUUUGCCUUCACACCAAUAUACUCGCCUGACAUGCCCAAGAGGCUGCCAGUGAAGGAUAUCCUUGGGGGACUCCUAUCCAGUAUAGGCAAGGCUGUACGCUAUUGGUUCCAUUACACUCUUGUGGCAUUUGCUUGGCUUGGUGUUGUACCUCUUACAGCAUGUCGUAUAUACAGAUGUUUGUUUACGGGAUCGGUCAGCUCUCUGCUUACCCUGCCUCUGGACAUGCUGUCAACAGAGAACCUGUUAUCGGACUGUUUCCAGGGCUGUUUUGUGGUGACCUGUACUCUCUGUGCAUUUAUUAGUCUGGUGUGGCUGAGAGAACAGAUCUUACAUGGAGGAGGUCCUGAUUGGCUGGAGCAAGAGCAUCGACCAGCCAAUCAACAACGGAAUGCUGGAGAAGGAGGUUUUGUCAACAACCUUGCUGCAGAGUUCGGGGCGGCACCUAGAGCAGCAGCUCAGCCGAAUGAUGAGAAUGCUGUACCGCCCGCCCCUGCCGAGGGGGCUGAGGGGGCAGGAGAAGCUGAUGGGGCUGCUAACAAUGCCAACAAUGGAGCCCAGGAUGACAAUAACUGGAACCCCAUAGAGUGGGACAGAGCAGCUGAGGAGCUAACCUGGGAAAGGCUUUUGGGCUUGGAUGGCUCUUUGGUGUUUCUGGAGCAUGUGUUCUGGGUAGUUUCCCUCAACACUCUCUUCAUUCUAGUCUUUGCAUUUUGCCCAUACCACAUUGGCCAGUUUACUUUAGUAGGUUUGAAGGCUGAUGAAAUGGUCUUGGCGUCACAUUUUGAGGGUUUGUUGACAGCGCUGACCGGCUAUGUGGUCAUAUCCAUAUCUCUGGUCAUCUUGUAUUUUCUCUGUUCCCUGGCCAGGCUCAAAAGGUUCCGCAGGGUCCUAGGACUCUGUUACGUUGUUGUCAAAGUGAAGCUGCUGGUUGUCGUGGAGAUUGGUGUGUUCCCGCUGAUCUGUGGCUGGUGGCUGGACAUCUGCUCGCUGGCAAUGUUUGAUGCCACCUUGAAGGAUCGUAAAAACUCUUUCCACCUUGCUCCGGGAACGUCAAUGUUUAUCCACUGGCUGGUUGGUAUGGUGUAUGUGUUCUACUUUGCGUCUUUCAUCCUGCUUCUGCGCGAAGUCCUGCGCCCAGGUGUUCUCUGGUUCCUCAGGAAUCUCAACGACCCAGAGUUUAACCCCAUCCAAGAGAUGAUUCAUCUACCUGUGUACAGGCAUGUAAGAAGAUUUGUGGCCUCUGUGGUAAUAUUUGGGAGCACAGUUCUCUUAAUGCUAUGGUUACCUGUUAAAGUUAUCAGAAAGAUUUUGCCUGCAUUCUUGCCCUACAAACUACUUCUGUCCAGUGAGGCUCCAGUGGGUGAGUUGUCGCUGGAGUUACUGCUGCUACAGGUGGUUCUGCCAGCUCUGUUAGAACAAGGUCACACCCGCAUGUGGCUGAAGGGACUGGUGAGGGGCUGGACAGUAGGCGUGGCCUGGCUACUCUCGCUCCGCUCGUACCUGAUCGGCGAUGUCACAGUGGACACGAAUGAGGCAGAUGUUAUCCAGGGUGAUCAGCCACCUCCAGCCCCUCAGGCCCCAAAUGCUAACAACCCUCCCCCACCUGCUCAGCCUUUGGGGGUAGGGCUUGGGGCCGCCCACCAGGCUAUGCUGCAGGGAGGUGGACCCACCGGAUUCCAGCCCUACAAGCGUCCCAGGUUCUUCACACUCAGAGUGGUGUUAUUGCUAGUCUUGAUGUCACUCACACUGUUUGCUGGCAGUCUCAUCUCCUUAAUUCUACCAGUGUCCAUAGGUAGAAAGUUGAUGUCAUUAUGGAUGGGUGACGCGAAGAUCCAUGAGUUGUACACAGCAGCCUGUGGACUGUACGUGUGCUGGUUGACCCUGAGGAUAGGCACCAUUCUGUAUAACUGGAUCCCCCAGGGUACCUCUGUCAUUGUUAACAAGCUGAAGGAGUGGGCCUAUCUGGCUUUCAAGUCACUGGUGCUGGCGGCACUUUUGAUAGGGGUUGUGCCCCUUUUGUUGGGUUUGUUGUUUGAAUUGGUUGUUGUGGCCCCGCUCAGAGUGCCAUUAGAUCAGUCACCUGUCUUCUUUCCGUGGCAGGACUGGGCAUUAGGGAUCCUCCAUGCUAAGAUCGUGUGUGCUGUGACCAUGAUGGGGCCUCAGUGGUGGCUCAAAAGGGUCAUGGAACAGAUUUACAAUGAUGGCCUGAGGAAUAUGAACCUGAGGUUCAUCCUGAUCAAACUGUGUUGCCCUGUGAUAGGUGUUUUGGGCAUGGCUUUGUCAGUCCCUUACAUCAUAGCUAAAAGUAUAGUCCCUACAUUAGGUUUUGGGUUUGAAGUAGAGAACCAGGUACUGCGCAGGAUAUACCCCUUCCUCCUGUUCCUAUUAAUGCUUUCUUCGCUCAGUAUUUUCCAAGUACGGCAGUUUAAACGGCUGUAUGAGCACAUUAAAAAUGAUAAAUAUUUAGUAGGCCAAAGAUUAGUAAAUUAUGAGCCUCGCCGUCUGAUCCCCUCAGACCCUGUCCCUCCUGAGCCUCCUGCGACAGACAUAUGACCUGAGCCCGUAGUGGGCUGGAGUGGCAGAGAUUAACACUUUACACUAUUCUUGUAUCUGCAGUAACAUGUACAUAGGCUCUUGUGAUAACCUAGACUGGUGUUUGUGUAAAUUUUGGUACAUGAGAUGUGUAU